UCGGCCUGUUUUUUUCUCUUUUUAAAAUGUUUUAUCUGCUGUAGUUAUGAUUCAACUUAAAUAGUAUCAACACUGAAACUAGAUGCACAUGGGAGAUCUGCGGUUAGAGCGCUGUGACAUCCCAGGGGGAUUGUUAGCUAGCUGCAGGCUGUUAUAAAGCUCGUCAGACCACCCGCCACUUUGAUUUUCUUCACUUUAACUAUAUGAUAUUAUCCACAUAAGCAGUAUGCACUGGGAGAAAUCGCCACCAUCAGCCCUGGCCAGGUCCAGACCGUACCAAGGUGUUCGAGUCAGAGACCCGGUCAAAGAGCUGCUGAGGAGAAAGAGGAGUCUGGAGCCACACAGCACCAAGGCAGCGCCCCCUACUGCAGAUUUGGUCACAAGCAACAACCAUUCAUCAUACACACAAGGCAUGUUUGGCUCUGAUGUUGCCGGCGGCUCCCCAGCUGAGCCGCCGACUGCAGUCGCUGAUGGAGGGCUGCAGUGUGCAGGAUGGAGAGCUGCACCACCUGUCAGCAGCGCCUGCCUGCAGCCUGCUGUAACAUCCUGGUCGUCAUCUGAGUACAACCAGCAGGACCCUUCAGCUCAGACUCUGGCCUACCCAGCAACCCCCACCCUCACUGCAGAUGUGUACAUGCAGACUCUGUGUCCCAGCUACACCAUGCUGACCUACACACACACACCAUUGCUCACUAACUUUGGGACCAUACCUGUGGCCUCCGCACCAGGCUCCCUCCCUCAAAUGGAUCUCCCAGACUCAGGGUUGACCUACCUCCCCUGGGCCCAGCCCAUCACCACCAUAUCUACCAUGCCGAACCCGGGGGUCCAGUUCGCCCCCGGCUCUGCAGCCCUGCCAGCUUCACCUCUGGUCCACAUGCCCCUGUCCAUGUCUUUGACCACCAUGAUUCCUCAGCUGGAUGCUCAGGGUGUAGAUCAUCCUCAUCCACAGAUACUGGACCUCCCGCAGCGUUCAGGACACCAGCUGGACCCUGAGCCACAGGGCCAGUCUCUGGAUGAAGAUCCAGGAAUAGAGUCAGACUCACCGAACCUCCUGGAUAAACUUCUGGAGGAUCAAAAGGGUGACGGCGGAGAGGAGGGCAAAGACUCGUACAGCAGCUCACUCUUUAUUCCGAGUGUCUAAAAAUAUGAGUGUUGGUGUGUUUGUAGAGAGCAGCUUUUCUUUCUGUUUGCUUCUGAGGAGCCGUCAUUAAAGGAUAAUUUGGGUUUAUUAC